AUGAGCGAGUGGAAGAUUGUGAUUCCGUUUCCUGGUGGAACAGAAAAAGAGGCAUAUCAUGGACAAGGUAUCCACGGUAUUUUACGGUUGCAUGAUCAACCCGAUGCGACAGAGCUUCCUGCGGAUGGCUCGUGCGCUGGCAGGCCUCUCGCGCUGCUCACACACGGGUUGCUCUCGCAUAAGAAUGCCAUCUUUUUCCGGCCCGCGACAAAGAUUCUUGGAAUGGAUUCGUUUCGAUGGGAUAUAAGUGGCGAAGGCGAAACGCCUGGUGAAUGGAAUGUCGGCGACUAUGCGUACCUCGUGAAGAGAUUCGGUUACAGGCUGGAUACAAUGCUCUCGCACUCAAAAGGGUGCACUGUGUCCACGACCUUUGCCAGCAAGUUCACGUCGUUGAGUCCCAGUGACGGCCUUUUGCCGCCUCCCCGGCGCAUGAUUCUCUGCUCUGGCCGUCUUCGCAUGUCUCGAAUCCAUGAAAAAGACGAAAUAUUCAUGCCAAAGUUUCAGGAACUUGGAUAUGCACCCAUUAGCUUGCAGGUUCAAGGCCAGGCACGCGAGUUUCGUGUCUAUCCCGAGCACCAUGAGACACAAUGCAACUAUCCUGCUCCUCAAAUGGCUGAGAAUUUACCGCCUUCCAUUCAAGUGUUCAUCGCACAUGGACUGGCUGAUAGUGUUGUGCCUGUGGAAGACGCGCCCGAUAUUGCCAACCUUAUCUCGGCCCAUCCGCGGAGACAGCCGGGCACGGUACACGUCGAACUAUUUCCCAAGUGUGACCACAACUACCGCGGUGAUGCAAUGCAGGCGCUCCUGCAGAGCAUUCAGAGGUGGAUGGAAACGAGUAUGCAACGCUGCUACAAGUCGCGCUCACUGCCUCUACCCGUCUCGUCGGUUCGGCGAGGGGCUCUGAUUGUGGUGGAAGGUCUUGACCGCUCCGGCAAGUCGACUCAAGUGGAUCGUCUUGUUCAGCAUUUGCAUGCACGCCACGUAAAGUUCCCCGAACGCGCGACGGCUAUUGGAUCUAUGAUCCAUGGGUACCUGACCAAGAAGAGUGAUAUUAACGACCAUGCCGUUCACCUCUUGUUUUCUGCGAACCGUUGGGAAAUGAUGUGCGUCGACCGAGACUCACCAUGCAGCGAAUCCAUUUUACAGUCUCUGCAGCAAGGGCAGACUGUCGUCUGUGACCGAUAUGCGUUCUCUGGUAUUGCAUACUCCUGGGCCAAAGGCCUCCCUCUGGACUGGUGUAUUGGCUCAGAUGCAGGGAUACCCAUCCCAGAUUUGACCUUGUUCCUGGACCUAGAUGAAGAGACAGCCUCUACGAGAGCCUCCUUUGGAGACGAACGCUACGAAAAGCGUGCUUUCCAGGAAAAGGUGCGUCACACAUUCUACCAGGUCGAGUCCUUCGUUCAAUAUGUCGGUGGGCACUGGAUUCGCAUCGAUGCGAGCGGCACACCCGACAAGGUCUGGGAGACAAUCCAGCAUCAUACCGACAGUGUCGUGUCGCAAGGUCCUGUGGCUCUGUUCCCGCUCGAUCUAGAGGCUAUGAAACCUGCGCUGCCAUGGACAAGUGUGGAACCUGAAAAAGCGAGCCUGUAA